UUUCUUCUUUCGUCCUUUAAUUUUUUUUUUCAUCCUUUGUGUUUCCUUUACAACACAUCUUCAGUGAUAUGGCAACAGCACUUGAACACCCAGCAUAUAUGCUAAGCGAUGAAACGACAUCACGACUAGAUCAGUGUCGUUUGGUUCCAGACCGACUAUCUUCACUAUAUUACCGUGCUCGACUGUAUCCGGAAACGAACGCUGAUGGCAUACCAAGCGUAUCAUAUAGCUUUCCGCAGCCUACAUUGCUUGCGCUCUUGUUAUCGCGGCUUUUGGAUGCAGUUAUUUUUACAUCCGCCAUCGCCAUCACCGCUUAUAAUUAUUGGGCUGGUGAGUUGCUGAAUCCUAUGCAAAAACAAGCCGGCUUGCUAGCAUCUGCGCCGUCGUCAUCCUCAGCAUCACAAUCAGUGUCGUCUUUAAUAUCAUCUUCUUCCCAUCACCAUCAUCGCCAGCAACAUCAGCAAUACCAGCAACAACACAUGACCGAUACUGCUAGCGCACUAUUAGUGGAUCGACGACGACGGUCGGCUGAACAACAAACUUCGGACAAUAAGCUCGUAGAUACUCGAAGACAGCGGACCGAAGAAUGGGCGGAGUGCUUAGGUAAACCUCAACAACAACAUCGCCAGCAACAACAACAGCAGCAGCACAGCCAACACCGUCCUAGUCAGCAACAGCAACAGCAAAGGCACCACCGACAUAGCACAUAUGCACAGCCAACACUGGCCAGCAUCAACAAAUCUCAAGCAAAUCAGCAGCGCACGAAACACCGGUCAAAGUCAUUUGAUCAACCACGCGAAGAACAAGAUGAGAUGCUAGCCCGAAUGCAAACACAGUUGCAGAAUUUAAUCCAGGAAGGCCAGGCUGCUCUGACAAGUACAGUGGACGUCUACGGAACAGCUGACGAAGACGACGACUACAUUACUGCACUUCCAAGAUCCACGAGAAACACAAGAGCCAUGAAGCGUUACCACAGUGCUUAAAUGACGCAUAUAUAUCAUAUAUAUUAUACUCUUUCUUUAUCAUCACAUUUGCC